ACUUGGUGAAGUAGCACUCGUUGAUCAUCUGCUAGGCAUGAAGGCCUUGAAAUCAGUACUCGCUCCAUUCUUGGGAAUGAAUGCGGACGAGUAUACGCAGCUGGCAAUAGACUUUGAGAGUGAAGUCGACUUUUUCCAGACAUACUGGAUAUCAAUGAGAGCCUUUGGGAUGAAACCGGCAGAUAAAAGCGUAAAGGCAGACAGUGAGCCAAAGAGCGAGGUGGUGGUUGAGUCGGAAAAAGAUAUAGUUGCGUCAGAAAGAGAGCCGGUUGUUAAGUCAGAAAGCGAGGAUGCAGAGUAA